UUUCUUCCCGUUCUGCCAGGAGUGAGAGUUCGUGUCCCUUUCGCUUUUCGAUCGUGUCAAUUCAGGAGAUCUUCGCGAGCUUUACCGGGCGGAUUUCCGAUGGCCUCCAACGCUAUCAAGAUUCGGAGCGGCUCGAGCCGCGGUCUGGUAGGAUCUUCCCGGGCUGGUGUCGCGCGGGGGUCGGCCCCGUGCAGGACCCCCGAGGUUCGCGGGGACCACUCCGGGUCGGUGGCGCGGCUGUUGGUCGACAACCGCCACAACUUCGCGCGGAGUUCUUCGCCGGCGCGGCUCAUGUACUACCGUGGCGGGUCGUGGCUGGACUUCCCGAGCCGAGUGGUGGAGUCGCUCAAGCCGAGCUUCGAGGGGCGCAUCCCGGUGGUGGAUUCGACCGUCGACGGGGCGAGGUACCUGUUUGAUUUCUUGAGAAUGUUGCAGAUUGAUUUUGAGACUGGAAACAGUAGGUCGAUUGCGUGGAUUGAUGAGAACGGGAAGUGCUUUUUCCCGCAAAAUUUUGUCGGCGAGCAAUUCGAAGAUGACGUCACCGCUGGUGACGGGUUAGGCGAAAAUUCCCUGAAAAGAAAGAGAGAGAAGAUUGGAGUGGAUGGAGGGAAGGAGGAGGAGCAAGAGGUGAGUUCAUCGGACAAGAGAGAAGACGUGUUGAAGAGACCGUGUCUAGCUGAUGUAGGGAAACCAAGUUCUAGGUGGCCGAAUGCGAGGUUGUUGGGCGAGGGAGAUAAGGCUUACUCUCAGAUAAAAAAUUUCUUCUUGUCCGGCUUGAAGAAUGUGGAUCCCAGUGCUACUAUAACUGCGAUUCACCAGUGCACGAGGACGACACCUUUUGAGCGUGCAAGAUACGAAGUUUUUAUGAAGCAGGUCGAUAUCACAAGAGCUGCGAGAGGUGUGUCUAAUACUGUAUAUGCCUGGCAUGGGACGUCUGCGAAGGGUCUGUCAAUCAUAUUGGCGCAUGGAUUUGGAGUUCCUAUUGAGGUUCCUGAGCCUGAGAGUUAUGGAGUUGGUGUGCAUUUCUCUCCUGUGGGGUUGCCCCAAGUGUGUGCUAUGCAUUCGGAGGCAGAUGAUAAUGGCGAAAAACAUGUAGUGUUGUGCCGAGUUAUAUUGGGCAGUGUUGAGAAAGUGGAUCUUGGUUCUAAUCAGUCUCAUCCUUCUAAUGUUGAUUUUGACUCUGGUGCGGAUGAUCCUGACAAUCCUAAACACUACGUGGUGUGGUUCGGCAAUGUGAACACUCAUGUUCUUCCGGAGUGCAUUGUCAGCUUCAAAGCCUCUAACAAUGUUAAGGGCGUGAAGAAUUCCAUUUGCGAAUUGAUUUCGAAGAUGAAGACUGCUCUCCCUCCUGCCAAACUUCAGGAAGUGGAGAAAUUGUAUAGUAUUUUUAGGGCAGGAAAGUUGGUCAAAGAUAGUUUUGUGAAACAGUUCCGAUCCAUAACUGGUGAUGACGUGCUACUUUCUGCAAUUCGGGAGAUUCGCGGAUCCGGAUAGUGGUCGUUGAGAUUCUUUAUUUUGGAAUCAUUUGUUGUGAUUUGCUCAAUUGAUAGAAUCAUAAGAGGACAGGAUCAUACAUAAAUAAUCAGUCAAAGGAGGGAUCGAAAGAAAGGGUUUUAACCGUGCAAGCGAGAGACUUUUUUGAUUUUUUUUUUUUACUCAUUUUCUUACCACCUCAUUAAUAAAUGUGGAAAAGAUUUGAGAUGAAGAAAUGUUAGCCCUUGUCUGUGAAUAUGAUGUCUUGAAGUAUGCGAAGCCAAGGGGACCCAUCUUUGAAUGGCUUUGAAUGACUUUCUCAAAAAGGUCAUUAGUAUUAUUUUCG